CGAGCUGUGACAGAGAGAAGCCGAAAGACUUUGGAGUCCACAUUAGUGUCCCAGUAAAUUUUUAAUUCGGAAACAGAAAGAUCUACCAUGGCAGAAAAUUGCUCCGACAGUCAUCAAGAAACAUUUGACAAGCCUAAGGUUGAACUGCAUGUGCAUCUUGAUGGAGCCAUACGAUUGGGCACCAUCCUGGAUAUUGCAGAGAGGCGUGGGAUCGAGCUGCAGGCAAAGACAGAGGAGGAGCUGAAGAAGCUGUGCUCUUUGGAUGCCCCUGCUACCCUGACAGAGUUCCUCAGCAAGUUUGAGCCGUACAUGCGUGUCAUUGCGGGAGACAGGGAGGCCAUUAAAAGGAUCGCCUAUGAGUUUGUGGAGACCAAAUCCAAAGAAAAGGUGGUGUAUGUGGAAGUGAGGUACAGCCCACACUUACUAGCCAACAGCAGCGUCCAGCCCAUCCACUGGAACCAAAAAGAGGGUGACCUGACCCCAGACGAGGUGGUCAGACUGGUGAACGAGGGGCUGAAGGACGGGGAGAGAGAUUUCAACAUCAAAGCCAGGUCCAUUCUCUGCUGCAUGCGCCACAUGCCAAACUGGUCCAUGGAUAUUGUGGAACUGUGUAAGAAGUACCAGGAAGAUGGGGUGGUCGCCAUCGACCUAGCGGGGGACGAGUCACUCAACUGCAAAGCUGACUCUGGGCACAGGAUGGCCUAUGAGGAAGCCGUCAGAAGCGGGGUCCACAGGACGGUGCAUGCUGGAGAGGUGGGGCCGCCCUCCGUAGUGAGAGAGGCAGUGGAGGUCCUGAAGGCAGAAAGAAUUGGACACGGCUAUCACACGAUAGAAGACGAAGCACUCUACAAACAGCUGCUUGAAGACAACAUGCAUUUUGAGGUUUGUCCUGUAUCCAGCAGACUGACCGGAGCUUGUGACCCAGACUUCACUAAACACCCUGUCAUCAGGUUUAAAAAGGAUAAGGCCAACUACUCCCUGAACACAGAUGACCCUUUGAUCUUGAACUCAACCUUGCACACGGACUACUGGACAGCACAGCAUUACAUGGGCUUCACUGAAGAGGAGUUCAAAAGACUGAACAUAAAUUCAGCAAAGUCCUGCUUCUUGCCUGAGAAGGAGAAAAGGCAACUUCUUAACCUUUUGUACGAGGCCUACGGGAUGGUAGAGAAAACCGGAUUCUGAAAAAGACGCUGAAAACAGCACGGAUACUACAUAUGCAACAAACCCCUGGAUGUUGGAAACUACACUUACCAGAAUCCCACUGUGCCAUCUGGUCACCUCCUCCCAGACAGAAGGUGGCUGGUAACUGCUUGACAGAAACAACUAGCUCUCCUUCUGACAGAAUGAGAACUAGCAAAUAUUUUCAGCCAGACAAAACCUGUCCACACAUCACCAUACACCAUAUCAGGGACGGUCAGUGAUUCGUCUUUCAAUACAAAUUACAGUGGCAUUUACUUUUUUGUAAAAAAAAAAAAAAAGUUAUACUAUAUAAAGAUUGCGAGUAGUUGCCAUAGUAACGGAUUUAUAUAAAGUGUGGAUGCACUUAGGGGUAGCAACAGCUGCGGAAAUUAAAACUGAGCCUUUUGAAAAGGGCUUAACCCUUAUUACAACUGCUCCACUGUCCACAGAGCAUGUUUUAAGAGUGUAGUCUUAUUUUAAGGCUUAUAUGCUUAUGAGCCGAAUCAGCCAUUCGCCUUCAUUUGUUAAGCUUUAACAACUUCGUCCUGCACAUUUACCCUCAGUGAAUAAGACAUAACGCAGUAAUACUCAGCUUGCAUGCAGACACACUUAUCCCCGUCAGACUGUAAUUAGUACUGUGACAUUUACUGCCGGUGUUGCAUUGUGUUUCACGGAGGACCUUUUCCAGAAAGCCUAUAAAAAGACUAAAGAAGACAAAGAGGGAAUGGUAUCCUGCUAAUCCAGGUUAUGAGAAAUGACUUCUUUUUAAGAAAGACCGGGGAGACUCGGGCUGGAUGGCAGCAGACAGAGUUAUGUUUUUUAAUAACAAAGCUUAUGAAAGCUAUUAAAACCUAGUUUGUUUUGGGUGGGGGUGGGGAGGGAGAAGCCUUUGGGCGAGGUCCAGCAGAAAUGGAGCCAUAAUGUCGUGAAUUGAUUUAAGGUUGAAUAUGGCCAAUUCAAGGGCUCCAUGUUGUGCUUUAGUGCUGUAACGCACACACACACAUACACACACACACCCUAAAUAUUACACUAAAGCUAGCAUUCCACCUAACCACACUACACUACAGGUUACAGAGACUAAUAACUGAUUCCAGCAAACACAGGACUUAAACAUAAUUAUGAGGUGUUCCAGUGCCAGUUUGCACUUAGGAAGCGUGUGUGUGUGUGUGUGUGUGCGUGCGUGUGUGUGCGUGUGUGUGCGUGUGUGUGCACUCUUUAGCAUAUCAUUGACACAGGUUAAUCACGUCAGUGAUGAAACACACCAAAUCAUAAAUAAGUUUUACUUUAAAAAAUUAGAGUCGUUGAUUAGAGUAUAAAACGUUGAAUGAACACUGAUUGAAGAAGAAAUGUCGAAAUAAGAAUGGAUUAUGAUUUACUGGGUAGUUGUCUAAUAACAUUUAAGAAUUAAGAAUAUAAUGAAUUUUAUGAUUGAAUGGUCUUUUAUCAUUACUGGUUGAAGCAGAAUUACUUGGAGUUACUUGGAUAUGUUCACAGAGUACCCCUCCAAAACUGGAAGAUGGAUUAUGGUAAUACAGUGCUAUGUCCUAAUAUGUCCUAUAAUCAUGUUUGCAGCCAACGAGGAAGGCAAUAUCAUAGUUCAAUGUCCAGGAAUCCCCAGGGACUACAGUUAUAAAAAAAACAAAAAAAAACGAAUGUUUCUCUAACUUCUAUGAUGUAUCAGGAAAACUUGCAUUACACCAAAACUGUUAUUGUUCUUGUUGUUGUAGUACCUUAAGUGCACACUAGGUGGCGAACUUGUCACUUUACAUGUCACAGCUUGUGACAACACGUGUCUGGGGUGAAAACAAGGAUAUGCCAAUUCAUGUGGUCUUACAGUGUAGGUCUUUGAAGUAGAUUACAUAUACAAAAUACCUUUUAUAUUCAGAUAUGUUGAUUUCCAUUCAUUGUGUUGCUUUUUACUAAUCUGGGAAUUGCAUCUUUUAAAAUAAAAAUGUAAAAAAAAAAAAUACUAAAAUGAUGUGAUGUUUGGGAAAGAGUUUGGAGACCCAGGAUA